AUGUUAGACGAGAAUCUCCCCACUUUCUUUCUUAAGCCCUCGACGGAUAAGCUCAAACACCACGAAUCUUUCUAUUUCACCCAAAACGGCACUGAGCCAGAAGCGCAAUAUGCUCUGCACCACGUCGACCCAGCCUCAAAUACGGCGAAAAACACAUAUGCGGUAGCUCUGUUCGAUUCACGCAACCCAGAGAUCCUCUAUGGCGAGGUCCUUGCAAAGCCAGGCUGGUCGCACCCAACACUGUCCCAGGACGAGAUUCGAAGGAAUGGCGGAGUCCCGCCCCCUCCUCAGCCCAUCUACCCCACCGAGUUCGCGAUUCAGCUGUACAACCCCGACACACAGGUCAUUGUUAAGCACUCGACAGCAAAAUGGAGCAGCACCGUGAGCUGGGAAUUCAGCUUACCCCAGGUCACUUUCAGGAUGCCCAGCAAUUCCGAUCUCGACCGCACACAAACCGACCCUGGCGCCGAUGUAAAUACCCCGCGAGUCAACUUCGCCUGGCGCAAGGAGGGAAGGCUGGGCAAGGACAUGACGUGCUACAUGACGGGCAAGUCUACAGACCCAACAGGCAAAAAGGCAAAGAGGAGCAAGGAGCCGGAUAUCGCUGUGGCCAUGUUCUCUGGACUGAGAGAAUUGACUAUCCUCGAGUCGAACUUAUACCGCGUCGAGAUUGAGGACUACAAGGGCUUGGAGGUAGCACUGCUCAUUGGUGCGGCUGUUAUUCGCGAUCUCUUCUUCAGCGACCUCAACGAGCAGUUUCACAUCAACAGCGCCACGGCUCGCAAGAACAGCGGAGGGCUACGGACGAGGAAGGGUUCAUCACCAUUGGACGGUGGUCCCAGCAUCAUUCCGCCAGUCAUGACACCACAGCCUCCGCCUCCGCCGGCAUACACCCCUUCGUCGUCACAGUACCCAGUUGAGAAGGCACCGCUGCAGCCUGCAAGCGGCGCGGGAGUGAACGCCCAAGUGCCACCCCCUUCAUACUCCAACAACAACGCUGCGAAGCGCGCCUCGCUACCUCCGCUAGUCACCAGCCCCAACCGUCCGAAUGAGAACCGUCCCAACCAAGGUCGCCCGAUACAGCCACAACCACAGCCUCAGCGUCCAACCCAGGCACAGCGGCCUACACAGCCACAACGACCUAUGCAGCCACAGCGGCCUACGCAACCACAGCGGCCCAUGCAGUCACAGCGACCGACACAGCAGCGCCAGGAGGGACCGAGACUGGACCCACGCUCGCAGUGGGAGAUUGAGGCCGAGACUGCUCGUCUCAAAGCACAAGUUGAGGCUGAGGAACGCGAGCAAAAGCGCCAAGCCGAAGCCGCCCGGAAAGCGCGACGGAAGCAGGAACAAGAGGCAGAGCGCAAGACUUUGCAGUUUCUCGAACAAGAGCGCAAGCAAAAGGAGUUGGAAGAGAAGGAGCGACGAAGGAAGGAAGCCGAAGUUGACAAGGAGACUGAACGUCUAAAGAAGCAGUUUGGAGACCAGUCCAAUCUCAUGCGGCCCUCACCUCAACCUCAGCGACAAUCGGCACCGCUCAUCCAGAUUCAAGCACCACGACCAAACCAGCGACCCGCCCCUGUACUUGCACAACCCGCGCGCCCGCAAGCAAAGGUUUCAUUCCUCCAAACACCACCUCAGCCACGCCCAGCCGCAAGCCAGAGCAGUAGCAGUUUCUUUAGUAACGGCCUGCCGAAGCCGGUAGCAAAGGCGAAGAAGAGUUUCUGGGGACUGCGCACGCAGAGUUGUGAGAGCGCAGAAAAGUUGAUGAAGAAGAAGAAAAGUAGCCUGUUUUAGCAUGACGUAGCAUUGGAGUUUCGGUUUUGGGUAUGGCAUUGGGUAUGGAGUUUAGACUUAUGAGCAGUAGUAGUCGUGAUGAUUCCAGCUCUUUUGAAUUCAAAAACAAUCCUAUUAUUGGAGUUCAAG